AUGGCUAAAUUUGAAUCACCUACGAUUGUUGAGAGAAAAUUGAAGGUCGAAUUUGGUAAGAACGCACCAAAAAAAGAUUGCAUUAUAGCAACAUUUCAACGCUUUUGUGAAACCGGUUCUGUCGAAGAUCGAGAACGUUCAGGAAGACCUUCAACAAUUACAGAAGAUAUGGUCGAAGAAGUUCGGGAUGCCAUCGAUGAUGAACCACAGUCGAGUGUUCGCACGAUUGCAACAGAUUGUUCCAUACCAAAAACAACAACACAUCGAAUCAUGACUGAAUACCUGUUACUCAAGCCUUAUAAAGCACAAUUUGUUCAACAACUCUUCGAAGAAGACCUGCAGGAUAGAGUUGAAAUGUGUAAAAUUUUGAUUCCGAUGUUACAAGAUAAUGCAAUUCAAGGAAAUAUUUUUUUUUCGGAUGAAGCUGUUUUCUAUUUACAUGGUUUAGUUAACAAACAUAACAUUAGAUAUUGGUCAGAAAGUAAUCCAAAUGUUACAAUUGAAACGGUUAUGAAGUCGCCAAAGAUAAAUGUUUGGUGCGCGAUGUCGAAAUAUCGAUUAAUCGGACCAUUUUACUUUCAAGAAGAUACUGUUCAUGGAAAGGAUUAUUUGUCAAUGCUUCAAGAUUUUUUUCUUCCCGAAAUUAAAAGGCUUCGUAAGGUUCGAUCUGUUAUAUUUCAGCAAGAUGGAGCUCCUGCUCAUUUCUCUGCCGAUGUGCGACAUUAUCUCAAUGAUCAAUUUCCUGACCGGUGGAUUGGAAGAGGUGGUUCAAUUCGGUGGGCUCCACGCUCACCAGAUUUAACACCUCUUGAUUUUUAUCUUUGGGGCCAUCUAAAGAACAAUGUUUACCAAUCUCCAAUUAAAGAUUUGGAUGAAUUGAAAACAAGAAUUCAUAAUGAAAUUAAAUCAAUUUCAAAAACAACUUUGAGUAACGUUUUUUCAAAUAUUAUAAAAAGGAUGGAGUUAUGUAUUUCAGUUGAUGGAGAUCAUUUCGAACAUUUGUUGUAA